UGAUCUGCAGGUCGCCGCGCUGCCUCCAAGUCUAAGCCAGAACGGUCCCAAUCAACGGUCGCCGCCUGGAUGAAUCCUUACGUGUUUACGCAUACCGUCCCACAGGACGUGCCAUAACGGCGAGGCAACCCCGCCCAAUUGCGGACUAGUAAUGCCCUAGCCGCACGGGCCAGCACAGUUACAUGGGUAGCUUUGCGGGCAGGGCUGCUGCAACCGAAGUUCCCGCCUUCACUGGGCGUGCGUGCUAUCGGUGCUGUUGCAUCAUGAUCAGCAGCCAGAUGUCGGCGAUUUCAAUCUAGUUUGCACAUCUAGGUUCAAUUUCCGUGAGAGGUUGAUAUAACCUGCGCCUCCGUUCUUAGGGCCAUUCGAACUGAAAUCGCUCGGUACUUCCGUGCUACCCUUGAUACUAACUAAGACCCUCCCGCAGCCCGCCCAAGCUUUCAAGAACCCUCCUACCCCGCCCCAUUCCAAUCUGACAAUCACCCCACACCUCGAUUCAUGUCGACAGCUGUGUUGGGAAUGCAAUCUUUGGGCCCUCGGCGUCGCAACACCCAACUGGACUUGAAUGCAAUAUCGAAUACUGCGGCAAUGUACGGCACUGCGGAUAAUUGGGCUUCCUCGACACAAGAAGGUCAUGCAUACGUUCCAAUAUCAGAUUAUACGGCCUUUCCUGUAGCCAGAUCACAACAAUCGGAUAUACAGUUCACAUUACAAUCUGGCUUUGGGUCCUCCGGCUCGAACGACCGCACUAAGCUCGCCCUGGAGCCUUUCUUGAGCGAUUACAAGACCCAAUCUGAUAACGAUGCACCUCUCGAGGUACCCACUACAACCGGGAUGUAUACAUCUCCUGCCAUGUUUACAGCGAGCAAUUCCCAAAUAAUCCCACACGAUCCUUCAACAGUUUCUCCCAUGGACACAAAUUUCGAUGUAGACUAUGCAUCUCCCAGAUCAGACACAAAGCCGCUGUCCCAUGGUCAAACGCGAAACAUCACACCCUCAGCUUUUGCGAUGUAUGCCAACGAUACGAACUCUCCAUCAUCGAAGCGCCGCUGCGAUAGCCUACAAUCAAACCUCGAAUCGCAUUCGUCGAACAUAACACAAGCCCAAGUGGGGCGGCGACGUGGCUCGGAGUAUGCUGAACCUGGAUCUGCGCGAGCCGUAUACCUCGAGAAGAAUCGCAAAGCUGCAAGCAAAUGCAGAGGCAAACAAAAACGACAGCAAGAGGAGCUUGUAGAAAGAGCACGAGAAGUAGAACGACGAAACAAAGUACUAAAAGUAGAAGUCGAGAUGCUAAGGAGUGGCCUACGAGAUCUAAUGGACCUCGUAGGCCAACACGCAAACUGCCCCGACUCUCGUCUGAAAACCUACGUACAGCGUGAGGCUGAUCGACUGGCACAUGGAGAACAGCGUCAUCCUUUGGCUACACCGUUCUCAGGAUGCUCUUUCUCUGGCCCUCCUUCAACAGAUGAUGACUGAAAAAUACGGAAGCAAAGAUGGGGUACAUCAGAGGCAAAACAUACCGGAACUCGUCAUAGAGUGCCUGUCCAUACAAACAGCCG